AUGGAAGAGAAUGGAACAGUCAUGCUAAGUCUUACAGGCUAUGUAGAGGUUGACAAAUACGGAUAUGUGUACUUUAUGUUCUUGUUGCCAGUGUUUGUUGCUAUUCUCUGCUCUAACAGCAUUAUUAUUUUUCUAAUCUGGAUUCACAGAAACCUUCAUGAGCCCAUGUACAUUUUCAUUGCAGCUCUAUCCCUCAACUCAAUUUUGCUCACCACACCUAUCUAUCCUAAGAUUUUAGUGGACGUGUUGUCUCACGAGCAGAGCAUUUCUUACUCUGGCUGUUUGACCUUGGCAUUUUUUUUCUACAGUAUAUCAUGUUCUGAUUUUCUGUUGUUGUUAGCCAUGGCUUAUGAUAGAUAUGUGUCCAUCUGCAGGCCCAUGCAAUAUUCCUCUAUCAUGGGCAAAACUACUGUCACCAUUUUCUUGGCUUUAGCCUGGUUUCUGCCCGCCUCUCAGUUGUCGGUGACAAUGGUUUUGCAGUCAAAACAAAAAAUCUGUAACACCACUUUGGAGGGAUUUUAUUGCAACGUUAAAAUGCUUAAGAUUCACUGUACAACACCAAUUUAUCUGACUUUGAUGACUUUAUUUAAUUUAACAAGCAUUUCUUUCUUGCCUAUGAUGUUGAUCUUCGUCACGUACAUUAAGAUAUUCAUAACCAUCUAUAAUACGCAGGGAGAAGUCCGGAAGAAAGCCAUGGAUACGUGUUUACCUCAUGUGACUGUUUUAAUUACAACCUUUAGUUUGAUGUUCAUUGACACAGUUAUCACGCUGCUGGGGGCAGUUAUUCCAAAAAGGGUUUCACUAAUUAUAAAUUUGCAAGUGCUUGUGUACAAUCCUCUUUGUAAUCCAGUCAUGUAUGGUUUGAAGAUGAAAGAAAUCUGGAAACACAUCAAGAGAAUGUUGUGUUGUAAUCAUGUUGAAAGGAAGAAUAAUAAGGCAGAAAGAAAAUAG